GUGGUGGUGGGGGUUCCGAGGUGAUCUCCCCGUGGGACUAGAGACUUGGUGGAGGGUGGCGACAUUCCUUUUCCUGCAUCUACUCUUCCUUGAACCUGGUGCAGGUGCCUUUCAGCUGCGCAGAAAGUGUGCCUCGUGCCUGCCCAGAGGAGGCCUCUGCUCAAAACCUUCUACUUCCAGACUUCAGUUUCCUGCAGAGGAGAAUUGAGUCGGGGAGCAGGCCUAGUCCUCAGCUCUGGCUCUCUGCCUCACCACACGCUCAUGUGCUCUCCCGGCUGCCACUAAGCAGUGUCAUGAGUCUGGGCCAGUCUGGGCUGCCAUCUGCAGGGCAUCGCACCUAACCAUGUGGCUGCCCCUGCUUCUCGGUGCCUUGCUGUGGGCAGUGCUGUGGUUGCUCAGAGACCGGCAGAGACUGCCUGCCAGCCACGCUUUCAUAUUCAUCACUGGCUGUGACUCAGGCUUUGGGCGCCUCCUGGCACUGCAACUUGACCAGAAAGGCUUCCAAGUCCUGGCCGGCUGCCUGACCCCCUCUGGGGCAGAAGACCUACAGCAGAUGGCCUCCCCCCGCCUCCACACAACAGUGCUGGAUAUCACUGACCCCCAGAAUGUCCAGCAGGUUGCCAAGUGGGUGAAGACGCACGUUGGAGAAACUGGGCUCUUUGGCCUGGUGAAUAAUGCUGGUGUGGCUGGUGUCAUCGGACCUACGCCGUGGCUGACACGGGACGAUUUCCAGCACGUGCUGAACGUGAACACACUGGGUCCCAUUGGGGUCACUCUUGCCCUGCUGCCCCUGCUACAACAGGCCCGGGGCCGGGUGGUCAACAUCACCAGCGUCCUGGGUCGUCUCGCAGCCAAUGGCGGGGGCUACUGUGUCUCCAAGUUUGGCCUGGAGGCCUUCUCUGACAGCCUGAGGCGGGACAUGGCUCCAUUUGGAGUACGAGUCUCCACUGUGGAGCCUGGCUUCUUCCGAACCCCUGUGACCAACCUGGAGAGUCUGGAGAACACCCUGAAGGCUUGCUGGGCCCAGCUACCACCGGCUACACAGGCCCGCUAUGGGGAAGCCUUCCUCACUUCUUAUCUCCAGGUGCAGCGCCGCAUCAUGAACCUGAUCUGUGACCCAGACCUGACUAAGGUGACCAGCUGCCUGGAGCAUGCCCUGACAGCUCGUCACCCCCGAACCCGCUACAGCCCAGGCUGGGACGCCAAGCUGCUCUGGCUGCCUGCCUCCUACCUUCCGGCCAGCCUGGUGGACGCUGUGCUCACCUGGGUCCUUCCCCGGCCUGCCCAGGCAAUUGACUGACGCCAGCUCUCCACUCUGUCUGUCUCCACUCUGGUGCUGCCCCGUUCCUGGCACGGAGUCGGCUCUCAAUAAAUACGUAUUGCUUUAAAA